CAGAUCGGCCCGCGCAUUUUCUCUCUUUCUCUCUCUCUCUCCACCAUCAAUCACAACAGAAACAGACAUCAGACUGUCAAUUCCUCUGAUCAGACUUCCCAUCUAUGUCUUUUCCGAUACCACCGGUACCUUUACAAUGACCACAAUGAAUCCUCCUACCCCAGACCAAACUACAUCCACAUCCACAUCCACCCCCACCCCACCCACCAAGACAACACCCAACAACCUCCGCUACAUCCGUUACAAUGCCGCCCAAGAAGAUGCCUACGUCCCCGCCAUGCGCCAAUUAAUCUCCAAAGACCUCUCCGAACCCUACAGCAUCUACGUCUACCGCUAUUUCCUCUACCAAUGGGGCGAGCUCUGCUUCAUGGCCAUGGACGACUCCCUUCCUUCGCCUAUGGUCGGUGUCGUGGUCUCGAAGCUCGAGCCGCAUCGUGGCGGGCCCUUGCGCGGAUAUAUUGCCAUGUUGGCCGUGCGCGAGGAAUAUCGUGGUCAAGGCAUCGCUACGAAAUUAGCUCGUAUGGCUAUUGAUGCCAUGGUGGAGAGGGAGGCCGAUGAGAUCGUCCUCGAAACCGAAACCACCAACACAGCCGCGAUCAAACUCUACGAGCGUCUUGGCUUUCUCCGAAGUAAACGUCUCCAUCGGUACUAUUUGAACGGAAACUCGGCGUAUCGGUUGGUGCUGUAUCUCAAGGACGGGGUGGGGUCGAUGAGGACGAAUAUGGAUGCUUAUGCGCCGCCGCAGUCAGGCCCUCCUUAUCCGGUGGUGGAGUCGAGGGCGGAGAUGGCCGGGGGGUUGAUGGCGCCGGAGCCGGCUUUGUUGCAUGAGGGGAAUGGCAGGGGGUGGUAGGUCGAUUGAUUGGGGGGUAGAUAGGGUAAGGAGGAGGGUUGGGCAUGAAUGACUAUAACGACUAUGCUAUGUUAUGAUGAAGAUAUCCAUUUGUUGCAUUGCGGUGGGUUGGUUAUAGAUGGAGGAGACAAUGGAUGAAGUUAGGAGUCUGGUCAGGUCCAAGGCCAUACAGAGGGUGAGCCAUGGACCGGAGGAUGUAAGAUAAUAUUGUACACAAGAUGUAAGGUAUAUAACAGGGUCAUGGAUCAAGGCAUUUAAUAAGGGUCGGUCUAAGGUUGACCCAG